UUAAAGUCAAACAUCGCGGGAACAAUCACUACUGGUGUUGGUGACUGGUGCGGCGCAUUGCGAGGAUGCCCACAGCGGGCACAUGGGGCAGCCGCUCUUUCAAAGUGGCGAUCCCAGACCACUUGAAGGAAUCCUAUCCGGAGUUGCCCAUCUUCCAAACAGCUUCGAUCUCAGCGGAGCUAGCGGGCUACUACACGAGUGAAUUUGUCACGGGCCAAGUGGACGAGACUGGAUGCUUUGUUCAAAUUUCAUCGGGGUACAUUCCGACCCGCUGGAAUGGAGAACCGGUCUUGCUGGAGAAGUGGCUUGUCCAGACAGCGAACCCACAAAACUAUGCAGUAGGGUUGAGGUACCGGACGAAGAUCAACGGGCCUCAUUGCAACCCCAAAGAAGCUCCGCCUGAGCAAUGGGGGGCAGUUGUAUACGGCACACAGGUUGAGGAACACUGGAUUCAAGUUGGCAAAUUCUUUUUGCCAAUUCGUUUCAGAGGUGGGAGGGAGGUCUUGUGUCGAGAUGCGCCUCCACAGCUGCAACACACGGCCUCAUCUGAACCAACCCUUCGUUUUUAUUUGUUGGCUAGUCCAGGCCGGUACUGUGUGACAGGGACGUUCACAAACAAUUGGCAGGACCGCCUUGUUCUUGAAGCUGUGGUGCCUCAUCGAAACCACGAGACGGACUUGAAUCACAAACAAGUAUUUUACGUUGAUGUCCCAACAUCCGAUUUGAACAUGGCGGAGUUCAAGUUCCAACGUUGGGAGGCAGGAACAAUGAGAACGUUUUGGCGUGACUACCUGACGUGGGAGUGUGAGGGUGAGGACAACAAUCGCACCUUUGCGGAUGUUGCUGACCUUGGCGCUGGCUGUCAGAUUUUUAUGUCAUACGGCCACCCAGAAGCUACUGAAGAGGAUUUGCUUGACUUUCUCAGGGUGGCAUUGUCCGGAGAAACUGUACAAGACUUUGACCUUGCGGCCAAGAACGUGGAGGAGGUAGAGCAGAGUGUGCGCCAAGUGCGCAGGCGCUCCAGGAAGUGGUCUCAGAACUUUGCAGCCGCAGGUCCUAUUCAUCAUGCUUUGUCGGAGGUGCUGUCCCGCUCACGGGGCCCCAAACCAUGCGGGGCACUGUAUGUUUGGGUGGCUGUGCUGGAGCAUAGGGUGAAAGGGAACAUUCAGCAGCUGCAGAAGGUUCUGAAGAAAGAGCUCUUGUCCGUCAUUGCGGCUUGGCCGGAUGAAGUCAUGUCGCACCCAAAGAUUGCAGGUGAUGUUCAUGAAGUCUUCCGAGCGGCAGUGCACGAGGAAGGAAGAAUGAGCGAAGGUCUAUGUCUAUCACAAGAAUGGCUGCAAGCAACAAUCCAGGUCAUUCUGCACUCCGAUGUCUCCUCAGCUGAAUCAAGAGAGUUGACAUGCUUUGCCGGAAGAGUGUCGGGUCACAUAUUUCCUGCUUGGGGAGCGAUUCAGCUGUCGGGUGUUCCACCUGCCAAAGUUGAAGUGGCUUUGCGGGUGGCUUUUCGUCCUGUUGGGUUGUCAGCUGAAGCAGUCUGGUCUGGAGCAGGGCAAUUCUUGCAGCAAAGUCCAGAUGGGUUGUUCUUUGGACCAGUUUGUGCGAGGCUUGCGCUGGAGGAGUCUUUAGCUCGCCGGGAGCAUGGGUGCAUGGAUUGGGGUGCUUUGGUGUCCAAUCUUCAACAUUUUAUCGAACAAAUUGGGGAGACCACAGUGGAUAUGGAGCUGCAGGCGGAGCUCACCGCAAUCAUGAGAAGGGCCUGGGACGACAGCACCGGCGCCGCCCGGCGGAAUCGAAUUCCAGACCUCGGUUCGCUCCCCACGAGUGUGGCGAUGCUGAUGCUGGCGAAAGCGCUGACCGCUGAACCUGAGAGAGCUUGCAAUGCAGUGUUGGAGGAGAACAGUGAACUUGCAUGGUUGCGCUUGGCUGCUGCAACCAGCUGUCACUAUGCCACGGAUGAACGCUGGGUCUCAUUCGUGGUUCAGUUUGCUGCAAGUGUCCUUGAGCGCAAGAAGACGGCUGCGACUUCAAUGAGGCAGGCGCUGCAGAUCCUACGGAGCCUGCGUGGCUCGGUGGACUUGCAAAAGGCAUCCUUUCACAGGCUGUGGAGCUGCGCGCAGAGCCAGCACUUCAAUGCGAGUGAUGUCGUUGAGGCAAUCCUCCACCAAGCUUUCGACAAAGAUGUGUUCUGCGAGGAAGCCUGCUGCGCCUAUUUGAUUCUACAGCUACGCCGUUCAUUGCACCAAACCGCGGGAAGCCGAGAUGGGUGGUGGAGGGGCGAGCAACUGUCGGAGUGGCUCAACCGCGCACAUGAACAUGAACACAGCUGGUGCGUGGAAGUGAUUCUACGCUUUGCAUUGCGAUGCUCUUCUGACCACACUUUGCUUGGCCAAGACAUGGCUGCAGGUGCUUGCCCAGAAAUUGAUCGCCUUCAGCGGGCCUGGGGUGUAGAACAAGUGGACGAUUCAAUGGGAGUUGUGGCUUUGAAGGUGCUGCUGCAACAUCCGAAAUUUUGGCAAAGAGCCUGUCGAAUUGCACAACAACGUGCUCAAUCAUUGACACCUGGCAUCAUGCUCCCCCUGCAUCAGUCCGUGCAAUCCUUGGUCCGGAAGAUCAUGUCUGAAGAGUUGACAGUACAAGACAUGCUGAGAGCAGCUACGUUGAACGCGUGGGAAAACACACUUUUUGUAGAAUUGCUUGAAUGUGACAGGUCGCCAGCACAGGUCAAAACCAAGCUGCAGGGCAUGAUCGAGAAAGUCCGGUUCAUGCAGGAGUUUGAAGUUGGCACACACCAUUUGUCGGUAGUCUUUCCUGGGCAUGCCAAAGCCAAAGAUUUGGCAGAGGUGCUUCGAAAAUCCUUUGUGGAAGCUGCCACUGCCACACAAUGUGAAUUGGUGCCGCGUGUCGGCCAACUUGAUGUACCAUUGGGCAAAGUGAACGAGAAUACAUGGAAACUACCUGCAGAAUUGCCUUCCGAACUCCAAUGGUCCAACGAUUUGCCACAGCCUAGUUUUUGCUUGGUCCUGACUGCCAUCAAGACUCUUCAUUUGGCUCGUUCGGAGAAGAACCGGCCAUUGCAGUCUAUGCUUCAAGAGGUUGAGCAAGCAAUGAGCAGUGCAAACAGACGUGGAAGUGAUUUCAACUUGUUGGACACAGUCUUCCUUUUGUACCACGGGUUGGAGGAGCUUUUGCAGGGAAUCGCCCAAAAAUGGGAUCAAGAGGCUGGGCUUCCAUCACAGACACUGAGUUUGAUCGAGAGGCAUUGGUCUGGCGUUGCUCCAAGCACGGUGUCCAGGCUUCUGGAAGAAAUUCAGUCUGUGAGCUGUUGGACCUUCGGGGACUUGAAUGAAAUUGGAGGCCGAUUAGAAGCCAUAUUGAGAGGCAGGAAGACGGUGGAGUUCUGGAAGCUUUGCGACAAGAUUCUGAGCAACUUCGCUGGCACUUUGCCGAAAAAGACGAUUCUUGAAGGAUUCUCCAAGGAGACGCGCUGCCACAUGGCUGCCCUCAAAGCUAUGCACCAAGCCUUUGAAGCAGCUAAGGCAAACCAGGAGCAGACAGCUCUCACCACAGGCUGCUUGCAUGAGGUGAACUGUGCUACUGAAUGUCUGCGAAAGCUGCUUGAGUUUCUGGGUCCUGGAGAGACCGGAUUCGAAUUGGUGCUGCGGCUCGUAACCACUAUGGCUGAAGUUCCUGGUCUUUCCUUUAUGAAGGUGUUGCUUAGCAGCGCGCAGAAAGGGGAACGUUUGGCAAUGAGGCUGGCAGAGCUUGUCGAAGGUGCUUUGACUCAAGAGACCUUAGACAACGUUGAGCGAGCUUCAGCGGUUUUCAUGCCUCUUUGUGUUGCUGCUCUUGCGGCCAUGGACUCGCCAAUAGAUUCCAACAAGUUUGGCUCCAUGGUGGAAGGCGAGUGGCCAAAGCAGAUCCAGCGCGAGGCGCUGGGUGCCAGGUCUCAAGUGGAAAUUGGACAAUUGCUCCUGAACAUGAUCCAGGCUGCGCACCAGAACCAGGCAAGCAAACUGGGUGAUUUCUUUGAGGGCCUGAAGUCAGCACUCCGGCAGGGCCAGGUGCUGCAACAGAAGCUUGAAGAGAAUUCUGAUGACGCCACAGCUGUCAGCAAUACAGUUCAUGGAAUGGUCAGCUCCGGGCAUUUGGAGCUAACCCUGAGCAAUGAUGCGAUGCUCUUCGAGGUGGCUGGAGUUUUUGAGUUUAACAAGGACCAGGCCAUGAUCACACGAGAUGUGCAACAGUUGACGGAGUGCUCUGACAAAGCCAGCUUGGCGGUGCCGAAAGGCAGUGCUGACGCUGACAAUCCGACGGCCUUGACUCAAGAGAAAGUUCAAGUCUUCACUGGAUGCAUCGAGGGGGCCCUUGGCUUGCGGCAAGAGCUCACAGAACUUAUUCAGAUUGGACACCCCUAUUUGGAAGACGCACGGACCUUUCGAUUUCCACCCCAGGGAGAAGGCUUGUCAGCUUCAACCGUGCAAGACCUGAAGGAAACAUUGAGAUGGGCCCAAGAUGCAAAGCAUCAAUGGCGUACUUCCUUAGACGAAGCACGUGCCAGGCAUGCAAUCAUGAGCUGUGUACCUGCCAGAAACAUCACCAAACUGGCACGGGCAGUCUUGCAAAAUGAGCCUUGUGCUGUGGCCCCUUUGAUGUCCCUUCAAUUUCCGACGAAGGGUGACUUCCAGGAAGACCAAGUGUUGAAGGAAGCCUUCGAGAGGUGCAAGUUUCUUUGGCCAGGAGAAGGCGCCCAUGAGCAAUUCCUUGAAAAGCUCGUUGCAGUGCUGGCAGAUCAGGUGAUUCCCCCACAGGCUAUGACAUCGUUUUCGCCCUUGCAUCAGAUUGCUCGGACUUAUCCCAAGAAGCGAGCUUCUGACGAUGCGACCACAAGAAGCAGAAUGGACCGCAGGCAAAAUCCCAAGUUCUAUCCCAAACGAGUUCUGUUGGUUCAGGAGGAGGUUUCGCAUGAGCCAGGCAAUUCGGACUUGCAAAGCACAGCUACAAUCACAGUGCUGUCCUUGCUCUUGCCCCUGGGCAUUGGGCCCAGCGCUGAAAACUUGUUGCUUUGCGAUUCCACCACAACCAGGGAUGACGUCUUGAGGUUUUUGCACAGAGUCACUCAUGCUACCCGCCUGGCUUUGGACACUACCCGCCAAGCCCAGGUUUUGGGUGUCUUCAUUCAUGUGGAUUGCUUGCAAGCUGAUGUAUUGGAGCUACUUUUGUGCCGAGUGGAUGCCAUGCAAGCAGCAGUUGGCAGGCGCAGAGAAGCUGAGAGUGCCGUUGGGGUCGAGGUCCGCUUGGCUUUCACGGUCACCGUUGGUGCUUCCAAGACACUCAUUGAGACGCUGGAGAAGGACUUGUGCAAGCAGCAGCACAUUAACCUCCUGAAACUUUCCAGCAUCAAGUCUUUCCUGAAAGAGGCUGGAGCAGCCUUAGGAUGUCAUGAAGUGGUGAGUUCCAACUAUGCUGGAGAUGGAAAGACGCAUGCUAUUCGGAAAUGUGACAAGUGGGACCCAGCCUCUCAUGCAACAAUCAUUUGGGGUGGAGCUCAGACACGGGGGCAAGCAGCAAGAGCCUUGAGGAAAGCUGGGAGUGCACGGUCAGUCCAUUUGGAGUUGCAUAGCUUUGAAGAAGGUGGUGGAGUUGAUUCUGACACACUGCUGAUGGAGCUCCUUCUCUUCCGCAGUGUCUUUGAUCCGGAGAGGUCAGAGUGGACGCGUGUGGCCAGUGAGACGCCAAUCUUCGUGAAAGUUGCCAAUUCAAUCAAGAUCAAGCAAGGCCUGCGUUCAGCUCCGCUAAUGUUGCUCUCAACGCCUAUUCUGGAAAUGGUUCCUGGCCAGAAGCAGAUCGACGCGAACCUUCCAUUUGUCUUUGGUGGCGAGGAUCUUGAUCCAGAAAGGGCUGCGUCGACUGCACGGGACUUUGCUUUGGCUGGUGCAUCUUUGCUUCUUGGUGAAUCCGGGCAGCGGCUAGUUGGAUGUGAAGAUGAGAAUGGCGUUGUUUUCAAGCUCAUGGCAGAUGCCCAGGGACAAGGCUUGGUGAUUGCGGCGGACCAUGCCAACUUGCUGCAGGGGCUCUCUGGUAGGGUUGUUGCAGCUGCGCAGCUGGCACUGCAGAAGGCCUCGCCCCAUGGUGACCCAACAGCGCCGUCCAAAGGCACAAUCAUGUCUUACCUGACUUUCUUGGCGCAUUGGACCAGAAAUUGGGCCCAGCAGGCAUUCCUUUUCGAGAAGACCUUCGAGGACGCCCGACAGUUUGACAUCCGUGGAGCGUUCUUGCCGGUGCUGAAGGAAAUGAUUGCCAUGGCAGCGGCAAUGUGUUUGCGAUCUUCGGCAGCGGAAACUCAAGAGCGUGAGAGAGAAAACACUGUGGCUAGCAAGGGUGCCGCGCCCUCCCUAUCGGAGGCCAUGGCUUGCCGAGUGCUUGACCCUCAUGUUGUUGCCUCAAGCGUUUGGGCCUUCAAUACUGGAGGCUCGUUGCGGUUCAUUGGGAACAAAGGUGAGUUGCCCGGUGCAUUGCGCCGCUUGUGGGACAACGUGCGCAGUGUGACGCGUGAGAAGAUCGUACAGCCACCAAUUGACUUGAGCAAUGCAAGUCAAGAAGAAUUGCGAUCAUUGCUGCUUGAUAUGAUGACUGGCCAUGGUCUGACUCCAAAGGAGCUCAAUAAUGUCUUCCAUGGCUUUGUCCUCACCCGGGACAACAUGAUCAAGCUUGUGGACGUGGCUGAGCGCCUUCGAGCUCAGCUACCUUGCAUACUCAUGGGGGAGGCUGGCUGUGGAAAGACAGUACUUCUCCGGCUCACUGCUCGCCUGCUCGGGGCUGGUGAACUCGAAGAGCAGCAAGUGCAUGCUGGCACCACAGAGGCUGAAAUCCUGGAAGCCCUCAACAAAGGGGAAGAGCUUGCUCGGAAAAAGGCAGAGGAAAAGAAGCAAGGAGGCACUGAGCACAUGGUAGUCCAGUUCUGGGAUGAAUUGAACACCUGUCCACAUCAGCCUCUCUUCAAGCAGAUCAUUGUUGACCGCAUCAAUCCUAGCACCAACCAGCCCAUUCACAGAGGCCUACGUUUUGUCGCUGCCUGCAAUCCUUGGCGCCGUGCAUGCCAAGGUGGUGUGGUCUGUGUGGGCUUUGAAAGCCCAGUCUCCCAAGAUGAUCGAUUGGCGGGCCUUGCAUAUCGAGUGCAUCCUCUUCCGGAAAGCCUGUUCACACACUUGUCCUCCUUUGGCCAGCUGGACUCCGAAACAGAAAAGCACUACGUCAAAGAGAUGGCAUCUCAGGCUCCACAGCUGCUUACCCCUGAGGACAAGCCGCUUCAACCGCCGCCACUUGCCAAACCGAUGUGUGGUCAUGUGGCUGAUUUGGUAUGCGUUAUACACGACUUCUUCCGGAAGCUUGGGACUUGUGUGUCGUUGCGAGACCCAAGCCGCUUGUUGAAGCUUUGGGCGUUCAUUCGCUGGGAAUUGAAGCAGCGAGAAGCCAUCAGGCCAUCAAUGCCAGAUGCUUUCAGGCGUGAAUUGAAGUCCUUAGUGCUGGCACUUCAUUUGGCCUACGAAGUGAGACUUCCUGAUCUCGAGAAGCGGGAUGAAUUGUUGGCAACUCUUCUUCGCCACUCCAAAUUGGGUGACCUGUUCCAAAAGUACAUCCCAGAAAGUUGCAAUGAUGAGCUGGAGCGUAUCAGCAUUUGGCGUAGAAUUGUCCUGGCUGAGCAGGACUACUGGCUGGACGCCUUUGACGUGGCAGACAACAUCGCCAAGGUACGAGCACUGAGAGAAAACAUCUAUGCUGCCCUGAUUUGCUCAAUGACUCGCACGCCCAUCUUCAUCCUGGGCAAACCUGGUUGCUCAAAAUCGUUGACGGUGUCUCUUCUCAUCAGUGCAUUGACGGAUCCCUAUGCAGAGCAGCUGCUCCACUUGGCAAGCUUUAGUGUCCAGCCAUACCAAGGCAGCCGUCAGUCAACUUCCAGUUCGUUGCUUCAGGUUUUCGAGAGGGCAUUGGCUCGGCAGAAGAAGCUCCGCAAUCUGAAGCGCAGGACGCCACCCUUAGCCCUGGUCCUCUUGGACGAGGUUGGGUUAGCAGAACAAAGCCCUCACAAUCCUCUCAAGGUGCUGCAUGCGCGGUUGGAACCACGACGGGCUCAAGAUGCUGUAUCGGUCAUUGCUAUCAGCAACUGGGAGCUGGACCGGAGCAAGUUGAGUCGCGGUUUGUUGCUGGCAUGCCCGCCACCAUCGCAUUCAGAUUUGAGCCAAACCGCUUUGGCAAUCAUUCGGGCAUAUUUGGCCCAUGAAAGUGAGAUCCGUGGCCAGUUGGAAGCCAGCUUGGAGCUGAUGGCGGCAGCUUUUAUGGAGAUUUUGCAGGGCCAGGAGCCCAGAGACUUUCAUGGCCUUCGUGACUGGUACGGGAUGUGCUCAUUUGCUGCACGAUUGUUGUUGGCCGCAGACGUUGAAAUGGGCUUUGGCUCGGAGGAAGUGAAGCACGGAGCUUUGAUGCAUGCAGUGUCUGAUGCGCUGGGAAGGGAAGCCGCUCAACUGGUCAAGCUGUGCAAGGCCAAGCAGCUCCAGUUUGUUCCGGCAGACUGGGCUCUGAAGAUGGCGGUUCUCAACAAUGUGAAUGGGAACAGUGCUUCUGGAGCGCUUGACAAAAUGCUGCACAGCUUGAACCAGAAUGAACAAGGCCGUUGCGGUGUACCUGUUCUUGAAGAAAUCUUCCCAGACAUGCAGCUUGUUUCGAAGCGCUUGGAGAGUUUGCUCGGUGAUGUAGACGGCCGCCAUAUCAUGGUCAUCACUGAUUCCCCGGGACCUGUGAUUGCUUGGAUUCAGCAACAGGCCCGUCAAGUAGCCAACUGGAAUCCCGACAGCUUGGUUGGCAGUCCACUGGAGCAGGAUCAGGUAAGCACUGACAUGUACGCUCAAACUAUGAUCCAAGCAGCGAUUGUCAGUAUGGCCCAAGAACGGCGACUCCUCAUACUGCAAAACUUAGAUGUCAUCUAUGCAGCCUUGUAUGAUGUCUUCAACUCCAACUACAGCCGCACUUCUGGUCUCAACAGUCAAAGGUACUGCCGAAUUGCUCGUGAAGGCUUUUGCAAUCCACGCUGCGCAGUGGCUGACCAGUUCAAGGCUGUACUUGUGGUCACAAGGGAGCGCGCAAUGCAGUAUGAACCAGCCUUGCUGAAUCGUUUUGCAAAAUUGGAGGUGGAAUUGGAAGAUUUGUUGCCCUCUAUGGAUGACGUCCUCGAGUGGCAGGAGCAGCUUGUCAAGAUUUGCCCGGCAGUGCAGGGUAGGAAUGGAGAAAUGCCGACAGACCUGGUUCCAGCCUGUCCAAUCCACCCGGAGAACCCCGACCUUAUGAGCACUCUUUUGCAAACUCUGGCGCUGUCGGAGUCUAUGCGCAAUGCUCAGCGUACAUCCCUUCAAGAUGAGUUCGAGGGUGGUGCCAUGACUCUGACAAAGGAAGCUUUGUUGUCACCGUUGGUCUCACCAGAGUUCUUGCAGUGCCAGAUGGAUUCGCCGAAGUGGAAUCGCAGCUCCAAAUCUCACUUUGGAGAGCUGCUCCAGGACUUGUACUGCUGCUUCAGUGAUUCUGCUGGCCAUGUGAUUGUUCCAGUGCUUGUUCCAACAUUUAGCGCUUCGAACCAAACUCUCGACCUGGAGGCAAUGCCAGAGGUGGAAGAUCAUGAGAAGGUGUUUUCCAAGAUAUGCAUGGAAAGCAUCGCAUCCCAAGCCGCCUUGCGAGAGAGCAUGAAGGAUCAUAUCGAGAGGACAGCGACCCAGAUGUCUGCAAACCAGGGCCGGAUCCUUUCGGUCUUGCAUGUGCAUGUGAAUAUGAAGCAAGAUCACGCCCAGGACAUUGUGGAUUACAUGCGUUUCCAGCUGGAGUGGUGUGCCGAGCAGAUUGAGGUUAGCCUCGCAGGUGUAUCCGGGACCGCUGUUUUGCAUAUACUAGCGCUAGUUGUCCAUGGUGUUCGCGGUGGCGGCAGCGAGCACAGUGUUCGGCCUUUUCUUUUUGCUGGACCUUCUGCGGGAAAGAGUGGGCCUUCGGGGCUGUGGAGAAGGUGCCAAUGGACUGGGAUUGCAGUGGAUCACUUUUCUCAUCUUUUGCCAUGGGGGAUGCGGCCAGAGGAACUCCUCCACGGAACCAUUCGGGACAUUUUCGGCCUUCACGAAGCAUCCCCUGACCGUUUUCGGCGAAUUCUGGCAGACGCAUUGCCGCAUGUGGUUCCACGCUUUGGCAUUGACCCGCACCAUGCAGACAGCUUUGUGGUUGUUCAGUCUUUGCUGCAAGAGAUCAACCAGAAGCCCGAGUUGGUCAGUUGUGUGCGAGCUGUCCUGGCUGAGCAGCUCUCCUUCGAGCAGGCACAUUGGCGUAUGGAUGUUGCAAAUGACAUCCAGCUGUUACGACGCACUGGUCCAUUUCAGCUGGCUCUUCUGUCACGCCUGCGGCGAGAUGACAAGAUCUUGCCUGCAAUGAAGGCCGUGUGGCUACACAGUUUGUCCAGCAGUUGUCCAACUGAAGAAUCAGUGGAACAUGACCUACAACGUGUGCACUGGAGGCCAGUGGCUGAAUCGCUGCUGAACCAAGUCCUGAGCUGCGCCACUCAACACCAAGACUGUGAGCCAAUGACGUCGCAGCUUCACGCCUGUGACCGACGAAGUUUACUCAUGCCUGGAAGCGUUGCCGUGAUGCAAAUCAUGUUACCUCAGCUUCAAAGGAAGGAUAGGCUGCCAGAGAAAGACUUCACUGAAGUCCUCCUUGAUGAAACCAUCCGGCUUUCUGCAGUCCUGCGCCGCUGCCUGCCUGGAGCACUGUGGCAAGCUCUAAAGGCAGCUGGCAAUCCUGAGGCCUUUGGUGCAGCAAACGAUGUGAUCAGCCUGCUGGGUCAUGAUGUCAUCAUUGAGAUGACCUCUCGUGCAUGUGCCUCCCUGCAUGAGGGGGAAGGCCUGGGCCAAGCGACUUUUGAAUCCGUCCGUGGCCAUCUUGAAGUGCUCAUCCAGGCCUUGAUCUGCAACUUGGCCGCGCAGGCAACUGAUGUUGGUGACUCGGAUGAGCAGGAAUCACCGUCCGGAGAAGAUCCACAUGUACUCAGAGCGCUUUUGCCAGCAGUAGCGGCAGUGUUGCUGCUGCCUGUCUCGCAACAGGUGGCUGCUCUGGAAAAGCAAUUUCCAACGGCGCGCAGCUGGGUGGAGUACUUGGAGCCUUUGCUGCACCCUUUCCCAGUGGAUAGAACUUGGAACACCUUCUUUGAACAUGGGAUUCGAGCGGCGCUUCACCUACAUGCUUCAGAUUUGGAAGAGUCGCUGUGCUUGAGUGCUGCUCUUGGUGAUGAUGUUCAGGAGUCUUUGCAACUCCUACGUCAGCUGUCUGUAGCCAUUGAAGAUUUUAUCAUCGCGUUGGGCUGCAGUGAUGCAUGCCUUGUCAGAGUUGCGGCCAUCAGCCACAUGCUCUCCCAUGGCAUUUCGCCGGAGCAGGCUGUCAACAUUUGGACCUUCAUGAGGAACAACUCUGAAAAGCACGUGCUUUCGGCUUUGGCCGGUCUUGUUGAGGGAGUGCCAGACAUUGAUAUCAUCAUCCCACUUGUUGGAGUAUCUUACGCCUUGCAGCUCCUAAGCGAGGAGUCGAAAGCGGAUCCGUCCGCACUCCAGGCUUGCCUGAUGCUGAUGCGCCAAGCCAUUCAUCGCCCAGGCAGCAGCUUCCAAGAGUUGCACCGACUCAAGACUUACCUUCAGCAGGUCUCGAUCUGCGUGAUGGAGCAUUUAGUGCCCAGGGUUCGGGUUUCAAGCUUCAGCAGCUGGUCAGAGGCAGAGCAAGUUUCCACGGAGAUUCUUGGGUCCUUCCAUUCACUCAUGGAGGAUCAAAACGCUGAACUCGGAACCAGCGCUCCAUUGAUGCAGCUUCUGGAGAGUUUGUUGCCAUCCAGGGCAGAGGGUGUUGGAUGGGAUAUCCCUUUGGUUGGACUUUUGGCGUCCACCUUGUCCUUGACAUCGCAACUUGGCCUGGUCGUCUCUCAAUUGGUCAGCCAAUCGCUGAAGCAGAAAUUUGGAAACUCAUCACGGCAGGCUCUGAGGAUGCUAGAAGAAUCUUUUGCAAAGGCUUUGCGCACACUGCAGGACAAAGCCUCGCAGAAAGCUCAAGUCUUCAUUGCGUUGGUUCUCACCACAGAGCUUGUAGUGCACAGUGUUGACUUGGUCGAGGCAGCAGUGGAAGACGAGAUGUUUGAGCAGAGGUUGGACAGUGUCUUGAACCUUUUCGUUGAGGCUUUGGACAUGCAGCUUAAUGGGUCUGUGCCGGAGGACGCUGGAGUUGCCUUCUGCACAAACGAUGGUCGAGAUUUGUCUGUGGAUCAGAUUCCCACAGCUUUUGCAUCCUUGUAUGUCGUUGCAGCCACUCGACGCCAUGAGAGACCACUUCCAACAAACACAGCCGUGAAGCACUUACUGGAGGUGGUUGCGCUAAAAGCUGGAGGGGGUGAAAGUACUUUGCAUCGCUUCCUUGAAAGUUGUAGAGCAGAAGUCGUGACAUUUUCCAAUGCACUUGGGUUGUCGAUGCUGCUGCCAGACCAAGACACCCACGAAAUCAAGGUCACAGUGAACUGCCUGAAUGAUGUCGGUUUAGAAGACCAAUUUUGCUCAGAAGAAGCUGUGCAGCGAUUUCAAGUCCUGUGCAGUGAGCAAAGCAACAACUUCCGGGCUUUGCUUCAGACCAUGCGGGCAGUUGGUGAAGUUGUUUGCAUGCAAUGCUCUUCCGAAGAUGAAGAAGCACUCGAUCGAGCAGGCCGAGUAGCCCGUGGAUUGCCUAACAUUUUGGGGCCUGCUGCGGAGCUUCUGCGAUUGAAGGCAGAUCAAGAGGCUGACUGGAACAUCGAUUUCAUGAACCUGGAUGCUGAACAUGCUUGGAAAGCAUCUAUAUUCGCGCACCUCGUUUGCUUCCAUGGUGCUGCUCACACCAGCGCCAACCAGAGGCAGGAUGUGCCACCAGCAGUCAAGCCCUUUACAGCCUUCAAUCACAUCGAUGAGCAGAUCCUAAAUUCUGUGUUUUGGCCGGGUUUGCCUGAUGAUUGGUGGCAGGCCCUCAGGCACGCAGGCUUGCACAAACACUUGCUCCCUGCGACAGGGAACAUUGUUUGGGCGCAGUGUCGGUGCGGGUACCGCUAUUGCUAUGCCGAAUGUGGUGCACCAGUGUCCACUGCCAAGUGUCCGAGCCCGGAGGGUGAAGGCAGCUGUACUUUGAUGAUUGGAGGCAAAAACCACGAAUUUGAGCCCCACCAGAAGCUGAUUGCAGUAGUGGUGACUCAGGCGCCGCAUGGAGAUGGAUGGCCUCCGGUGUACCCCUCCAUGAAGAACAAGUUCCCAGAGGCCUUUUGCCCCCCACUGCCUUCUCCUGGCCUUUUCUCGCUGACAGCGGAUUUCCAGACCUCCGUGAAAGCAGAGGAUCGAGCAGCAGUCUCCCACAGCCUCAAGACUGAAACAGUUCGCCAGAACUGGAACCAGCCGCUUGGCAAGCCACCGGAUCCCAGUAGCGGGUUGCACCCCGUGACUUUUCGAGUGCUUCACCUUCUGAUCCAUGCAAGUGCCUUGGUUGGGAUUGAGAUGGAAUGGGUGCAGGAGCGUGAGAACAUCGUCCAGCUCUUGCAAGAGCACCUUCGAACAGUCGCUCGGAUGAACUCAGUCAGGAAUGCCAAUGAUACAGUGUGGUAUUUUAUGGCGAAUGUGGAAGCUGACUUGGCUGCCCUUGCAAAGUUGCUGAACGGAACCCUGGAAGUAGCAACACUCUUCGUGCAUGCAGUGCUUCACCGGCUGGGAUCCUUACAGCCACAUGAGCAGCCAAACGCAGACAGCCUCACGACUCACGAUGCUCGAACUGCUUAUGAAGCUUGGUUUCACGAAAGCGUAGUUGAACCGAUCUUGGGCAAGAAGAGCAGCGCCGGAGAUCUUCCCUUGCCUGGCGUUCAUGCUUUGAGAAGGCAGGCUGGCCAGGGAACAGAUCCUAACAAGUUUUUGACGACUGACUUGUUGGCCCGCAGGGGCCUUCCAGCUGAUGCUUGGGUCAAGAUGAGGGAAGAGGUGCGUGCAGCGUUGCUCGUGCACAUUCUCCGGCCUUCAGUGACGGUCUCAACAGAGGACACCUUUGAAGAAUUGGUUGCUGCUAGCAUGGGGGGGGAACGCUUUGUCAUUUUGCGGUGGCUUAUGGGUGGUGUAGAGGAAGAUCGAAUCUCGUGGAGUAUUCUGCCUGACCUUUUUCGAGCUGCAAGUCUUGCGUGGAUUUUGCCGUUCAUGCAGCUGGUGCGAGACAAGGAGGGAGGCAAGAUCACCAUGAGGAUUGCCCGUACAACCACCAUCCGAGAGUGGCUUGAAAGCCGAGAGGGUCAUGAGCGGCACCAAGCCUGGAUUGCCUUCCGCAAUUUCGAGGCGGCUUGGAAUGCAGCUUUGGCAUCUGACAGGUUGCGAGAUGGCUGUGGAGUCAUCCGGCUUCCAAAAGUUACGCUCGAAUCACCAUUGUCACUCGCAUGCCCCAUUGCAGAUCCGGAGAAGCCGCAGCAUGGUGACAUUCCUGUAGGCAACCAGGCUGACAGGCCGGAGCACAUUGCCGCACUUGGUUUGCAUCACUUAGCAGUGAGUCACAACAAGUUGGUUGCACAGAUCAAUGCCUACUUAGAUCCGCAGAAUGCCACCUCUGCACAUGUGAGAGCUAGAUUGCACUCUUCAGCACGGCUGUGCAAGCCUGGUGGCCAGUGCAAGCCAGCGGCAGACAUGGCCUAUGAGCAGACUGUUCAGCUGGUACAGCAUGCCGCCAUCACGGACUUGUUCGUUUUUCCAUCUCAGCUUGAGGAUGCAUGCACAGUGGACGAUGAUGCAGACCCUCAUGAUCCAAGGACCUUCCGAUUAGACUACAAGAUCAGCACUUUCUGCCAAGGCUUCUUUCAGCUUCCAUGGAGUGCAGAUCCUCCACCUCGAGGUGAGCACGAUUUUGAGGCCAUGGAGAAUGACCUUGCAUGGAGGCUAGUUGCAGGGCGGCGGCCGCUGCAAAUCUACUGUGACAUGGGCCAAGAACAGGAUCACAAAGAUUUACACCGAGACAUUGAUGCCUUCCCAUACCGUCUCUUUCAUGGCAGUGUGGACGUACGAAUCCUCAACCGACUCAAAGGCUCCCGAGUGGUGCAACAAGUGUCUCUGGGUGAAGCGCUGGGUGUUCAGAAGGCUGAAGGCCUCGAAGUCUCAUUCUUCCGUGAUACAUCCCAUGCCUUGGAGGUGAGUAAGAUCACCGGUGAUUUGAUUGCGCUCCUGCUGGGUGUCAACUCCACGCAUGCCUUUCGCAGUGACAUGACGUUGAAGGAGUUUGUGGAGGUGUUCACUUUGGUUGACCAGGCCCCGCAUCGAGAUCGGAAAUGUGAAAAUCACCCUGACGCACUGAUGCGAAUUGCAGACCUGCCAGACAUCGCUACGGUUCCGCUCAAUGCACUUGUGGCUCUUCAUUUGCUUUCAAGAGAUAUGCUUGCAAUGACCAGGGGUGUGAGCAUUAAGACUCUAGAUACCGGAGAUGAGUACACAGCAUCCUUAGAACUUCCAAAUUCUUUGGGAGAUGUCUUGGAGAAGCUCAAGGGGACGUGUCCACAAAUCCUUGCUGUGGUAUGCCGCUUGGUCGCACGAACUGUUUACUUGGCAAGCGAUUUGCCACUGGCCAUCCCUGACCUUGAGAAGCCUCAAGAAGCUCCAAGACUUUGCACGCUGGUCACCGAAAUGGACGUCUUGGACGAACUUGAUGAAGUUCGCGGCAAAGUGGAAGAAGGUGAAGAGCUCCUCGAGGUGCCAGUCCCACUUGAACUGGAGUACUGGAAUGAUUGGAACAAGGGGCACGUGAUGGCAGCCCUGAAGCUUUAUCGCUCUGUGUGGUCUCAGAUCCGUGAGCCCUACCUGGUCCCUCCCAAGCCUGCAUUGGUUGCGUCUACUGACCCAGCCGUAGCCGGCGGCAUGGCCAAGGGCUUGGUUCAGUCUGGCUGGCGACCACCACAGGCUGGUCGUGGGGCAGGCCCUCGAAAGGCAAGAAGAUUCAGCGCUCAGAACAAGGAGCAGGGCCUUGAAUCAGACGAAGAAGAUGAGCAACAGAAGAGCGCCACUGCUUCGGUGAAGAAGGCUGCAGCAGGCCGCAACACAGCGGCCCAGCGUCAAGAGCAGGGUGUCACAAGCAAGCCUGACAGUCUUGGAGGCUCCGAUUUCAUGCGCACGGUGCUUCAGAAGUUCGUUGAUAGUCGACGACGAACAGGCAGCGCAUACCCAAGUUCUACAAGCCAAGCGGCCGGAGUGAGAAUUCAGCAUGAUGACCUGGAGCGCUUGGUUUUGGUGUGGGACGAGGACCACGGCAUGGGCGAAGCUUUUGAGCCAUUGCUGAGCUCCUGCGUGACGCCUGAAGCCAGAUGCAGGUUUGUGCAGCAGUUCCGCGACUAUGUGGAGCAGCAGCAGCUUGGUUUGCCACGAUGCUACGGCAAUCAGAUAGAACCCUCGCAGCUCCAAAAGUGCAUCCUGCAAGCCAAGGGUUGGACGUUGCACAAAUCCCCGGCAGAUGGGCACUGCCAGUUCCAUUCCGUUGGAUUUGCAGUGGGCGAGGACCAUGAGACCGUAAGAGGACAUGCAGUACGUUGGAUCAUGCAGCACCGCGAUGAAUACAAAUCGAGCCUGGUAGUAAGGCGUCACAGCUCUCCCGCCCUGCUAGCUGAGAAGAUUCCAGAUGAUGAUGUGGAGCGUGAAUUUGACCAGUAUGUCAAGGGCAUGUCAGAGGGAGAUUGGGGUGACAACAUCACUUUGCACGCUUUGGCCCACCACUAUCAAAGGGAGAUCCGCCUACUUACGGACAAUGUGAAGAGGGCCUGGGUUCAGAUUGAGCCAGAAUUCGGCAACCCCAUUCAUGUGGUCUUCUUUGCCGAGAUUCACUAUGAAGGGGUGCAGAUAGCAACAAAGGAGAGGUAAGACACCCCAGACCUCCAAUGAUGCAGGUUAAUUUGGCGAUGGCCAGCCUGGCCAGCUGAGGCGUAAUCAGCUUCUAUAGGCGCUUUCUGACUG